AUGUUUACUACUGUCCAGACGUGGCUGACCAUUGCAGAACAGGAUCCCGCGUGUGUGGUCGCGGUACUUCAACUCGACGAGGAGAACCCGACGACCGAGCUUGGUGAUAAUGGCGCCGACGCACGCGUUGCGUUACAAGCUAUCCUGAUAGUCGCCAGAGAUCUCAGCAAGAAGAAGCCUCGAUACGCGAAGCUCUGGGAAAACUUGAUUAUGGCCGGAAUCGCAGAUGCGCUUUGCGAGUCUAUAGCCAAACCGGACCGCCUGGCCAACAAUACAGGAUCUGGUCGAGAUCGAUCAAGGAUCCAAUGGUGGUCUACCACUACUACUACUGCUCAAAAUACAACCGACCCCCCGUUGGCGCUUGCGAAUGACUCCACAGAAGCGCCUUCCCAACCGCCUGCCACCCCGUGGGCUCACGCCCUUCACACGCUCGCUUUCGGAGUCGCUGCGAUCAAGCAGCCACCAACCUUGACAGACAAGAUCGUCAUCGACGCGCUCAAAAAGCAUUGGUCCGGGAUGGUGACGCGGUUAUGGAAUGAUCCCGCGCAUUCACUCGACGAGACUCCUCAGACCGUGCGCGUGAAUGAGCGGGCGUGGAUCGCAGAAAUACUGACGAAACUAAUUGUGGUGGACCCGUCCAUCAUGGCCGACUGCGUCUAUCUGCCUGAUGAUCUCACCAUCUCACUCAUCGCACGUCAGUGGCAGCACUCGACGUCAACGCGAGAUGCGUCUUUGACCGCGGACGCACUCACACAGUCGAUCAUGUUCCCCCUUGUACCAUCGUUAUCCGAGGAACAAAUGGCAGCUCAUUCGCCGUCGCCCAAACGACAAACGCUUGAGCGCAUACUCAGCGUCUUUCAACCUGCAUCGGGACCCGACGAUGAGAUUGCGUGCGCUGCGCUCCUCGACGUGGCCGUGAAACAUAUGACGCGAGAUGCCCCCGCGAAUUCACGGCAUUUUACAUUUGAGCUCAUCCUGUUCCUCCACUACAGCACGGUCAUGGCAACACCCAGCAUAGAUACAUUCCAUGCUGCCCUAAGGACACACAGCACGUUUUGGAGAACAUUCUUUGACUUCUAUACUAAAGCUGGCGAGCAAGAAAUUGUGUUCCUUAUGGAGCUCCUGCAGGAGUUUCUGUGGAACAUCUCGUCCCACUUCGGCUUCGAGGAGACUAAAACGGCGGAACUGAGGGAGCUGCUUCAUAUUUGGGUGAGAGAGGGGUAUUUUGAAGCCGUAGAAGCUUCAAUGGCUUUCACCCUCACAGAAUUGGCGGACGGACCACUGAAGUAUCAUAUCGUUCUAAAAAGCAUGAUUGACGCUGUGAGUAGUCCGGAUGCCGCCGAUCUUCGAGCGGAGAUGGCGACGCACUUUCCUCGGGCGAGGACAAUAGCCGCUAUGUGCGAAAAGGCCGCAGACGACGUGAACAAACGAGACCCUGAACAUCCAACUGCGGAGAAGAAAGUGCUGAAUUGGUUGAUGAAGCCGUAUGAUAAUGACAAACAUGGCUUGGUGCGCAGCUUGUGGCAAAUGCAAGCCGAGCUUCAGAGCAUCUGCAAGGGGAGAGACCUGUGCAAUCUCCGCGGGUGCAGCAAUAGCGCGAGCGCCAAAUGCGGUAAAUGCCGAGCCGUCAGCUACUGCUCCCAAACAUGCCAGAUAAAUGAUUGGAAGGAACAUAAACGUGUGUGCGCUCCACGUUGGGAGGCUCUGUGCAAUCAAUACAUGGACCAGACUCGAGACGAGAAAUUGCUCACUGCGGCGCGUGAUAUGAACCUCGAAGGACCAGAAGAACCGGUUCCGCAGAUAGAGUUGUUCAUGUCCGGUUCCGAAUGGGCCACGCGGACGUGA